CAAGAGAGCGGCAGUCACUACAGUGGGAAGUUCCUGACUCACACAGGAAACCCUGGGUGGUACAGAUAACUUUCUUCGACCGACCAGGAAAUUAAUUAAAUACCACUCAAAUACCGCCAUGAAACUGAAUUCAUUGUUGCACGAAAAUUAGAUACGCCAUUUCUAUGUAAAGUGAAUGUGAGUUAGAGAUGCUACCAAGGGACCGUCUCCAUGUCGUGGCGCUGAUGUUGACUGCGCUCGCCUCCAUAUUUCAGUGUGUGGGUGUGCUGUUCCCCAACUGGUGGGUGUUGAAGGAUACUUCCACGAAGAACGUUGUGGCCACGUUCUCACUAUUCGGUCCGGUGAGAUGCAGUGACAAUCUUUGUUUCCCGGAGGAUGUUCGAGUGAUCUCUGUACCUGAAGGCAUGACGCCUCCGUCAGCCGUACCUAACGACAACGCAGCCUGGUUGACGGUGGGCCGGAUACUGAGUGUCGUUGGAGUCACCCUCGUCCUGGCGACUGUAGUGCUUCAACUGAUCUUCCUCAAGGCCAGCUACCGCGCGCUACAGCUGGUCGCCAACUCCUUCCUGGUCACUGCAGCUACCGUCAGCUUUAUCACAGGAUUCUUUUUCAUCUUCAAGUUCGUAACUCUCACUGAGGCUUAUGUAAAUCUGCGGCCGCUAGGCGCUGACACAUACCCGGCAGCACCCGGAUGUAUAUUGUUCUCGGGUGUCAUCUGCGCUGUGGCUGCACUCUUCACCACCCUGGCGUUCAAACCACCCCGUAAAGCUGCCAUUCUUAUUUGAGCGGGUCCACUUGAGCGGGUCCACUUGAGCGUCGUGUAAUCGUCACUUUCACACCGUCAUGUACACAAAUAAGCUUGUUGUUAGUUCUCACACAUUCCAAAACAUUCUUGUUUAACAACCGCUGAUCUUCCGAGUGUUGGACAAGUUGGUCCUUCAUGAGUAUACUCUGAUGCGAGAGAUUUCUGUUUGACGAAUUUAUGGUGGACAUGCAAAUAAAAGAUCACAUCAAAGAACC